UUAUUUUAAUCGACUGUCAAGCGCGGACCGGAGCUGUCGUAUUGAUUGUAUUGAAAUGGUUCAACUGGUUAUUUUCGUGUUAUCCAUUUGUUGUGGUCGCGUUUAGCGGCACCGAGUCUUCAGCCUGAAAUGCACCUAUUCAUUAAUAAACCAGAGACGUCUUUUUACACUUUACACGGGCCGUUAUCGCACAAAUAAAACGACUCGUGCCGUUGCUGGGACUCACUUUGGGUAGUUUAAGAUGACUCUUCCAGUCUUGCACAACACCGGCGUGCUUUACAGAAGGAUUCUCUCCCAGUUUCCACAGGAUAUCAGUUUAGCUUUCGCCUAUGGAUCUGGCGUUUUCAAGCAACAUGGGACUAGUCAAGGUCAAAUGGAGAAGAACAUGCUGGACUUUGUGUUUGCGGUGGACGACCCAGUAACGUGGCACACAAUGAACCUGCUGCAGAAUCGCAAACACUACUCCAUCCUGAAGCUGCUUGGGCCCACAAAGAUCAGCUCCAUCCAAAAUGAAUACGGUGCUGCAAUAUAUUACAACACACUGGUGCCUGUGGAUGGGAGGAUAAUAAAAUAUGGUGUCAUUAGUACAGAGUCUCUCAUUGAUGACCUGAUGCACUGGAAGACCAUGUAUGUGGCUGGACGCCUUCACAAACCAGUGAAAAUGCUGGUGCAGGGGGAAAAUGGAAAGCUCCAGGGAGCCUUGGUGGCCAACCUGAAGAGUGCCGUGACCGCCUCGUUCCUCAUGCUGCCAGAGAGUUUCUCUGAAGAAGACCUUUUCCUGCAGAUUGCAGGACUUUCUUUUGCUGGGGACUUUAGGAUGGUGUUUGGAGAGGACAAAUCCAAAGUGGCUAAUAUCGUCAAAGAUAACGCAGAGCACUUUAGGAUUCUGUAUAGUAGCAUCCUGCAGGACUGCCCGCAAGUAGUCUACAAACCUCAGCAAGGAAAGCUAGAGGUAGACAAAAGCCCUGAGGGCCAGUUUAUCCAGCUGAUGGCGUUGCCUCGUACCCUUCAGCAGAGAAUCACAAAGCUUGUCGAUCCUCCUGGAAAAAACAGAGAUGUUGAGGAGAUCCUGCUGCAGGUGGCCCAGGACCCAGACUGUGGAACUGUCGUGCAACAAGGUGUGUCGUCUAUUGUGAAAUCCUCUAGUAUAACACAGAGUAUCAAAGGCAUUGCUACAGCUGGCUUGUGGAAGACAGUGUCUUACAGCUCAAAAAAACUGAGGAAGAUGUGGAGAGGCUGGAGGAGGAAGCCGACCGUCUCCCAUAUGUCCUGAACCCAUUUGCCCCGAUGAUCAUCGUUCAUCUUUAGAUUUCUUACCCCCUUUUUGUAAGGUUGUGUGACUGGUUUAGAACAGUUUGUACAACCUCUUUUUUUAUGAAGCAAUUCAUAAAAGUUGUAGAAUAAAGGGUGACAUUUCACAGGCCUGGCUGAAUGUGGCUGACAUUUAAAGUGAUGCAGAUUAGACCUUUCUGGAAACAAUGCAGCAGAACCAUUUAAAGCCGGAGAUGGUACAGGCAGCAGAAAAUCACAGACCAGGGCAAGCUACAGUAAAAGAAGUCUAAAGAAGUGAGGAGGUGUCUUUGUUGGGCUGUGGUGUUUCUGGAAGGCAGGUGAUGUGCAGCCAAAAUGCUGAGGAGCAGAAGUUCAUAUUUUGUGGGUAGUUUAUAUCUGUGAAACCACUGCAUCUAUGAUCUGAUGUUGACCUUCACAUUUUCCAAGGUUGAAUAUUAUCACAGUCUGUGGUCACACAGGGUCACACUUGCUUACAAAGUGUUUGUAAUAAUAAUGUUCCCCUAUAAUAAAUACAGACCAAUCCUUAAUAUCA